AUGGGGUUUAAUUUAAUUUAUUUCGCUAUAUGCUGGAACGGUUUAGUGCUAAUUGGUACUUUGAAUAGUAAAAAUUCAAUUAGCUAUACCCAAUCAGCAGGCAAUCUGUCCCUGUACUCAUUUAAGAGUAAAACACGGAAAGGAGAUGGUGCUAUUCAAACUUAUGCAAAUGGUACAAGAGUACGUUUUGUUCUUACUCAAAAGGAAAGUGGUAUUCUGUAUCACAUACAUAAUAAGUUGAGGAUUGGUACUGUUAAGCAUUUUCCACAAGGAAUAAGUGGUAACAAAAAUGAUUUUUAUAGAUUAAUUGUAGAUAAUCCCUCACAUAUUCUAUUAUUAGCCUUUUUAUUUAAUGGGUUUACUGAUGCAGAAGGUUGUUUUAAUGUAUCUAUUACAUCCAAUUCAAGAUAUGCAUUAGGUAAUGUAAUAAAAAUGCGUUAUUUACUUGAUCAAAAGGAUAGAACUAUCCUUUAUACUAUACGUGAUCUUUUUGGUUUUGGUAAAGUAACCCUUAGAUCUGAAACUAAAGGUGUUUACCGUUAUACAGCUACAGGGUUUAAAUCAAUGAAUGAUGUAAUAUCUUAUUUUAAAGUAUUUCCAUUAUAUACUAAAAAGGCUAUUUCUUUUGAAAAGUGGUUAACUAUCCAUAAUCUCGUUUCUAAUAAAUUACAUCUUACUGAAGAAGGAUUAGCCCAAGUAAGAGUAUUACAGAAACAGAUUAAUAUUAACAGUAGUAUGACUAAUAAAACAGGAUCUGCACAUCCUUAG